AUGACGAUUUUCGCAUUCAUUCAUCGGCACUCGAAUUGCAUCGCCGUAUUGUACUCGAUUUGUUUGGCAAUGGAGCAAGGGUUUGAUGAACCUUCACCUUGGUGGCAGAAGUUUCGGGAUGAUAUUCUACACGAUGGCAAAUCCAGCCAAAAGAUGGAAAUUAUUUUAAAGAUGUGCAUAAUCGGUACCACAUUCGUCGGUCUCACAGCGAUUGUCUGCUUCACACUUCUAACGAUUCGCAAAAUGUUCUAUAGCUUCUUCGAUUCAAAACCAGAACUCAAGCAAAAGCCGUCCGGAAGUAAUCGGAACACCCAACGUAAAUAUUCUCUUGUGAAAAGUGCAAUCAACGUUAGUAAAAAAGUGAUAAAAGCUAGUAAUCGAAGGAGAGGAAAACCAUCUUCAAAAAAACUGCAUUUAAAAGGUAGCAACGAAGACUUGGAAAAGAAAAAGAAAUCAGUGGUAUUGGAAGACAAAGCUGAGCGAGCGCGAAAACGACGCGACGCUAUUAAACAAGUCGAUGUGCAUUGUAAAGACGUCGAUGAGGACGAUGUUGGUAAAUUCUUGGCGAAAGUUCUGUCAACGAGGACUGUUAGAAAAUCGACGCCGCCUGAAGAAGAUAAAAACGCGGACUUGAAGCUCGAUCGUUUGUCGCGAAAGAAAAUGACAAGCGCGUUGAGUCGCGAAUUGAGCACUGGUCCCAACAACAAUGAGAAGAAGCCGAAAAAAACGAGCAGCAAAAAGCGACAAUUUAGCGGAUUUUCGCACGAGCUCAUCGAGGAGCCCGAAAUAACAUAUGGCGAUGUGCCGAAAUUGGAGGAAAUUUGGAAGCGACCCAAAGAAAAUGUGUACAAUCCGGUGACGAAUCUACCCUAUUGGAUGGAUGUUCUCGAGCCUUCCGAAUCCGAUUUGGAAGGAAAAGAAAUGGCUUCGGCGGUGUGCAGCGAGCACAUUGAACAGUUUCGAGAUAAGAAGAUCAAAUUGUGCAAACCAGCUGACACAAGACUUGAAUUAGACACGUGGCAACCACUUGCGAAUCUUCAAAGCCGCGACGACAUUUUUUUCCUCGAGCAACAAGUAUUCAGUAACACUGUCAGAAGUCUUAUCAUUGUUGCAAAGCCUUAUAAGAAUGAGGAUUCCAAACGAAAUAAGAUUAAUGGCUCACGAGAAACGAUAAAAGAACCGAUGAAAGAGAUCGCUGAUUCUGGGCGUUCUACUGUUCGCGCCGGAAGUCGAGAAGUGCACGAAGACCAUGUCACAUUUGUGCUACCCGAAGCGGGAAGUUAUUACUCUUUCACAAGGGAUGACCCGAUUGUGACGGCGAAGGCGAAAAAGUUCGUGAGACUUUCACAGCCCGAACCGGCACCGCCGCUUGUGGUGACCGAUAGUUUUGCUCCCGCAUCGCUAACAGGACCAGCACCUCCACGUUAA